AUGGAUUUCCGAUCGAAAAACUGCUUUAUAGACUUAAUCUCCUCGUUGUUGGAUUGUUCUUCCUCUUACUCUAAUUGUGAACAAGUGAAAAAUGAGGUUUUUGAUUCUUUGAAGUCAAUAGGCGCCCAUCAACCGAACACCCUACUCACGGCGUGUCACCAGUACUUGCUGCAAAACCCUAAAUUGUCCCCACCAAGUAAAGCCUUUGUGCUGAAUGCGAUCGACAGUGUGGUCUCGGACGCGAAGAUCGUCAAUGAAUUGGAUGAACAGUUAGUACUGCUCAUAAUCAACCUGGCCACGCAAGAGAUGACCAUGACCAGUAAAGAGGCGGACGCGGACUGGGCCGAAUCAGCUAAAACUGUGCUGGUGACAUUAGCCAAAAGCCCUCGUUUCGUAUCUCAUGUAAUGGACGCGAUCCUACAAAAAUUUCAACCUGGAUUGACUACAAGCCCUCAUCGAUAUAUUGUUUUAACCAUGGCGACAGUGGCAGAGCAUAAUCCUUUCGGACUUGUGCCAUUUCUCACUGAUAUUCUCUCGCGAACUGUACCGCUGUUGAGCCAUGUGCGCAGCGAUCCACUAAGAUCGGCCUGGGCACGAGCGAUUUGCUCUUUCUGCGAAUGCAUUCGAGAAUGUGAAACGGAGAGGCCUCAAGAGGCCGAUGAAGGCGAUGUUGAUGGCACAAGUCUUUCUCCAGGCCGUGAGCACGAUAAUGAUCGUCACAUAGUGCUGAGUCGGCAUACAUACACAGAUCAAGCUGAGGCAAUUUAUGAAGUGGUGUUUCAAUGGAUGUACAGCAAAGACCCGAAGACUCGUGCCGAAGCUGGUGAAUGUGUAGGGGAACUAUGUCUGAUGAUAAAACCGGAAAAAGUUGUGGAAGAUCUCAAGAAACUUGCGGUUUGCCGUUUUCUGGAAGCAACUUGCGCUAAUGAGUCAUGCCCUUUGGAACCGUAUGUAGAGGAUGUGUUGAAUGCUCUAUUUCCCAAUGCAUGCCUGGAUCCGGAUGACUCUAGUGUGACGUUAAAUCCGACGGCUAUCAAAAAUCACAGCGAAGGCAUUCAGAUGUUUUCACCGACACGAUUUGCCGACAAAAUUGUCUACUACCUGUUACACAAAAUACAAAGUGUCGUUGAUAUGCAGAAGCUUGGAGCUAUAAAUGUAUUGCGACAUCUUCUCAAUUCAGCUGGCCAAUACAUGGAAGACAAACGGUCACUAUUGAUGAUGGGGCUUCGAAAGCUGCUAGCUGCUGAAAACAAUUCAUCAAUCAGGGUGAAGCGUGCUAUUGUACAGCUCUGUGUGGCAUUAUCUGAUCAUGCUUACGUUGAUGCUGAAGGUGGUGACCAUGUGACGGCAUUUCUUGUACGAAAUCUCGUACCGCCAUCAGAGCAGGAGGUUCAGCAGGCUCGUAAAGUAGAAGUGGAUGUGGCUGGUUUGAAUCAACUUCGCACUCAGUGUGGCCAAGCGCUCCAUACGAUCGCAAGUACAUGUGUCUGUGCUAAUAAAUUGCUUUGGCCAUAUUUGUUCGAAUUUAUAUGCACCGAACGUUAUUUCCCAGUGGUGGGAGAUAUUUGCAAAUGUUUGCGAACGCUUGUAACGAGAGAAUUACAAGAAGGGAGAGAAUUGGAUUUCGAGACUGGAUUUGACAACGCUCGUGUAGCUGGCAAUCAUGCUGUGCUAGCACGCCUUUUCGUAUGCUUGUGCAACGCCCCGCUGAACGGACUUUUAGCAAGGAGAGCAAGAGAGAGUUAUGGUUUGAUGCGCGUGCUAGGCUCGUGGUUCCAUCCGUCGAUGACCGAUGUACUCGAGAAAUGGUCAGAUCGUAUGGAAUCUCUUAUGGAUGGCGUGCCUGGAAAUGCUGUUGGCGUGCAUGUCUGUGGUCGUGCGGGCGAGUGGCGAAUGAGCUUGGCGGCUGUUAUGGGUAAACAGCUAGAUUUGUACAAAGACUACCCUGAAGAGAAGGCGUUUCUUUUGCGAUGUCUUGGCACAGCGUUAUCCAAAAUUGCCUUGAAAUCAUUUGUUGUCGAUCACCUCAUGCUCUAUUGUUCACAUAAUAUCCCGACUGAGCGGCAGGGAUGUGCACGCGGUGUGGGAGCAUGCGCCUCCACACACACAGAUUUAGUUCUGGUGGAGUUGGAGAACGUCUCGAAGUGGGAGCAUGCAAAGAAGAGCUCGGGAUUCUUUGGAUUCAUCAAGGAUGCGAUGCCUAUCCGUCAGUACACUGACACGGAAAUGGUUUUGCUGCGUGCUAGUCUCAUGCUUAGUUAUGGAUAUGUAGUGCAAGCCUGUCCACUCGACACGCUUACUCAACGGCUUCAGCACACGAUCGUCCCAUUCUUGAGGCAUUACUUUGCAAACAGCAAGCAAGAAACUGUUGUGCGUGAAGCUAUGCUUGAAACAAUGCGAUUGAUAGCGAUUUCUGUGCAUCCAUCUAGACUUCCAGGGGACUACAAAUUUGAUGCCCGUAACGAACUGAUCGGAUAUAUCAAGGAUUAUGUGCAAAGUGAAACGCCUGAAAUGCUAUCGAGCUCUCUUCGGCUAUUGGCGGCGAAAGCUACAGCGGCUCUUGUGCGCCUCGAACCUCCUCUCAGUGAUGACGACAUUUGGGAUUUGGGUUGUGUUUUGACGCAAUACAUCUUGCCAAUGUGUCGUGAGAAGAGUGGACUCAAAACGUUGGCAUAUGAUUUGUUCGACUAUGCAUCAACGUCGAUUUCGUCUUUUACGUCGUCCAGUAACCGUGCUGGUACGAAGAAGAUUGACGAUGACGAGUCGGCAACGAUCAUGGACGCUACGGUAGCGCAGUAUGGUAACGCAUUGGAGGCAAUAGUCGAAAUGCGACCAACCGUUGGAACGGUUACGCAGCUACUAAAGAUGUUGUUACCGUACUAUGGAAAGCUGGCGGAACAUGAACGUAGCAGGUCGAUCGAUGCUACGGUGCAAGUACUACGAGUAUACCUAGACAGGGCGGAGGAUAUAAGCAUAGGAAUAGCAAGUGAUUUUGGGCCUUUGUCGUCGUUGUUGGCCCGUCUAACGCCCCGUUUGGUGGACUCGUUGGCGCUUGGCCACGGCACGCUUACGGACUCCACACUGUUCAGAAUCGAUGAAUUUGCAAGGACGUAUUUAAAUAGUGAGGGUCGUCUUGAUGUCAUAGAGUCGCGCUUACCUCAAUGUCAAAUGCAGACCUAUCUGUCGGCACUUUUCGAGAUGAUGACAGAUCGCCAAAGUCAGGUUUCGUCCGCUGCAGCUCAACUGCUCACCUAUGCAUUGACCUGUCGAGGUGCGAUACUUGUUCACGAGGCUGAUACAUUGGUGACCACAAUGCUUGCCCGAUUGCCAGAGGUGCAUUCCUGUGUCCAAACUUACACCGAUCUUCUUGCAGCCCUUGUUGCUUUUGCCACGCAUCAACAAACGGUCGUUUGUGAUGUGAUGUUACGGCAACCUUUACCAUAUUCCGUACAGCUUCUGGAUGCGUGGGAGUGCGUGUCUAGAGAACGGGCAUUGUUCGCAAACACUCUUGAUUAUCUCCUGGAGCUACUAACGGGCGCUCUGGAACACCCGUAUGAUGUCAUGGAUACUGGAGGCGGAAGCUCCGUAAAAAUUGUUCACGUAGAACCGUGUCAAUACACUGCUGCCAUUACAGAAGUCAUUAAGCAUGGAGAACCAGAAUGGGCGUUGUACGAGAGGGUACCAGUGCUCUUUGCUGCAAUGUUUCACAUGAUCUGUAGCGUUUCGGACACACAGUUUCCAGUGGUCGUUAAGGAAAAUAAGGAUGGAUCCAAGCAACCUCUUAUCAUAACCCCAGAGCUGAGACGUUCUGCUGAAAGACCUGCUGGUUUGGCUGUGGCUGCUCUGAAGACGCUGUUAUUCAGAACUCAAUCAACGUCCGUUAUUGAAGACAUGAAUCAGGCGAGAGGAUGGACCGAGUGUCUCGACCGUGAGCUGUUCAUAGGCUCGAUUACGGUAUUGGUUCGCUCCUUAGUAGAGCACCGUCCAGAAUGGGUAGAUUCUCUUGCAAGGAGCGUGAUGGAAAAGUCAAGUCAUGAAAGAGAACCUAUGCGACUAGCAGCUGUGAUUGUGUCAUCAGCACUUGUGAAGAAAUCUCCCGACUCCAAUGGGGACUUCAAUGAGAAACUGUUAAUUGAUAGUGUACGAUUGCUGGAGAAUUCUCUGACCGAUCAAAGUCUACGGAUACGCAAGCUCUGCGUUCGUGGCUUGGGCGAGCUCUCAGAGUGUGCAUCGGAGGCGAUUGCGGAGCGGUUUGCGAGCAUCGCAGUCGAAGCUGCAAUGGGUGGUCUUGAUGAUCUUGGCGAUAAAAACGACACGGUAGCAAUGGAGUCAAUAGUUGCUUUGAAUAAGCUCGUAUCCCGAACCAAUGAUGCUCAGCUACAUUCAAUACUUCGCCAGGUCCUUCUGAAGAUUCGUCCUUGUUUCGAAAAGGAAUCGGCUCCAUUACGGGCGGCAUCGUUUAGCCUUUUUGGAGAGUUAGCAGCACGAAUUGGGGGUGAUAACGAGGAAUUCAUGUCACAUCUUCAUGCAAACAUAGUCGCGCUUCUCCUACAUCUUAAUGACGAAGACGAAGACGUGAGAAAGGCAUGCAGUACUACGCUGAACCAAAUGCACCCACUAUUUAAUGUCGGAACGUUUUCAUCGGUAAUCGAAAGAGAAAUGAAGGAUGGCAGAUUACCCACCAAUUAUGCGGCUGUGCAGAGGGAUUUGGCUAGUGUGCUGGCGUUGUCAUUUCCUGAUCGAGUGAAUCAAUACGCGUUGACGUGCAGUAACUACUUCAAAAGUUCGAAUGCCCGUAUCCGAGCGAAUGCUGCACUUCUGACGGGCCAUAUGUUGGGAGUUUUGACGCCGCAACUUCGUGCCAUCAUCAGCAAAGAUCUUGUGUUCUCUAGUCUCGUUCUGCUGUUGAGGGAUCCAGAAGAUGUGAACGUGCGAAUAGCGGCAGCCAAAGCUGUUGGGAGUCUUCAUGAUUUUGCUUAG